AUGCUGGAUGAGGUAGAGAUGUGGCGCAUGAAGAAGCUGUUGAGGAAUCUUCGCGACAGCCGUGGAAACGGGACCUCAAUGAUAUCGAUAAUCAUUCCUCCUAAGGACCAAAUAUCUAGGAUUUCAAAGAUGCUUACUGACGAGUAUGGAACGGCAUCAAACAUCAAGUCGAGGGUGAAUAGGCUGAGUGUUUUAGGGGCUAUUACUUCUGCACAGAGCAAGCUGAAGCAGUACAGCAAGACGCCGCCCAAUGGGCUCGGGAUAUUUGUUGGGACUGUUCUUAUGGAGCAGAAUAAGGAAAAGAAGGUCAGCGUGGGGAUUGAGCCUAUAAAGCCUGUCAACACGUCUCUAUACAUGUGUGACUCGAAGUUUCAUGUGGAUGAUCUCCUAGCACUUUUUGAAGACGAGGCUAAGUAUGGAUUUAUUGUGAUGGAUGGGCACUCUACUGUGUUUGCCACCCUCCAGGGAAACGUGAAGACGAUUCUGCAGCAAAUACACGUGGAUCUUCCGAAGAAGCAUGGGCGAGGAGGGCAGUCGUCUGUAAGGUUUGCACGUCUUAGAGUUGAGAAGCGAAAUGCCUAUAUCAAGAAGGUUGGGGAGAUAGCUGGGAAUCUGUUUUUGACGAACUGUGUCAUGAAUGUGGAGGGUAUUAUAUUGGCAGGGCAGUCCGACCUUAAGAACGAGCUAUCUCGAGUGCUAGACAGUCGAAUCAAGGUGAUAAAGACUGUUGACACUAAUUAUGGAGGAGAGGGAGGACUGAACCAAGCCAUUGAAUUGUGUGAGGACAUUCUGAAGGAUGUGAAACUGUCUAAGGAAAAGAAAGUACUACAAAAGUUCUUCAACGAGAUCAACACGGAAAGUGGUAGGUUUUGUUUUACUAUGAAGGAAACUAUGCAAUGCUUGGAGAUGGGAGCUGUGGAUACACUUAUAGUUUAUGAGAACCUACCUGAUGUCAGGGAUGAAGAGUUAUUUGUGGACUGGAUUGCGGAAAACUAUAAGAACUUUGGAUGUGCUCUGGUGUUUGUGAGUGACAAGAGUGCUGAAGGGACACAGUUUAUCGAAGGAUUCGGGGGCAUAGGCGGAAUUUUAAGAUACAGAGUUGACAUGGAAGACCAAAUGGACGGAGACUAUUCUUCAGUUGAUGAUGACGAGAUAUUCUGA